AUGGCAGAUGUGAUCGUCGGUGGUGAUGGAAAUGAUAUGCAUAUCAUUUGGCGAAACAUGGCAUUUUGUGUUGGUCAAAGUGGUGUAACAAGUGUAAGUGCUGGCUUGGUAACACCUCCAUUGCACUGGCAAGACCUGGCUAAACAGUAUAUGGCCAAACAUUCAUUGGAUUUAUAUGCCGAUUCAUGGCAGUUCUCACUAAAUGAUGUUGCUUUAGAUCCUAUUGGUCUCUGUCAAGCAUUAAGAAAGCGUGAUAGAAAUCAUGGAGUGCAAAUAUUUGAACAAUGCUUUGUUGAAGAAGUGGUUGUUGACAAAGAACAAAAAGUUGUGGGAGUCAUACAAAUCAAGGACAAUUUGAAACUGAAUGCUAUGUUGAUGCCAUUGGGACUUGGAACAGAGUACGGUGAACUGGUUUGUAGUGCUGAGUCAUAUACUGCUAAUAAAUAUCGUGUGAUUGGUGAAACGGCUCAGAUCCAAGGAUACUAUGUUGCGACGGGUUUCAGUGGGCAAGGAUUGGCAUUUGCGGGUGGCGCUAGAAAUCUGGUUGCUGGGUUGGUUUGUGGUGAAACACUAGCAGUUGACAUUGCGCGUCUAGAAGUAACACCAUUGACUGAUUUGCACACCCAUCCACAAUAUCUAAUUGAGCGAAUUCCUGAAGUAGCAGGUAUCACACAGUAUUCGGUAGUACAAAAUGUUUAUGAACGUUUGAUGGAGCGUGGGAAAGAAUAUGGUGUUAUGCAUGAAGGGUAUUACGCUUUGAGACAGUUGCGUAUCGAAAAAUUCUUUGUUUGUUGGGGUCAAGAUAUUCCUACGAAUAUAACACCGUUCGAAUGUGGACGUACAUACCGUAUUGAUUUUAAUAAAGAUUUUAUUGGGAAAGGGGCAUUACUAGAGCAAAAAAGAAGUGGCACUCAGAAACGAUUUGUUCAGUUACUUGUGGGUAAUUAUGAUUUAUACUAUAACCCUUGGCCAAAGGGUGGUGAAUUAAUAUACAGAUAUGGCGAACCAAUCGGACGUACAACGUCGGCUGCUUUUGGAUAUACUCUUGAUUGUCAGUUUGUAAUCUUCGCGGAUGAGGAAGAAGCAAAUAAGUAUAUGAUAAUAUAUAAUAUAGAAAACAUAUUUGGGUGCGCUUUUAUGAAAACUCUGUUUUUGUUUCUAGAUCGUAUUUGAUAGUGUUCUGACCGUCCCUUGUGCGACUAUAUAUUUUUUCGACUAUGUCAAUUUGUAGAAAAAAUGGUGUGCUAAUGUUGUAAAUUGGAAGGGGACAAUUUUGUCCCAGCCAUAUAAUACGUG